GGUUACAUUGCCAUUAAGCCAAAAGUAGAUUAAUUGCGAUAACGCAGGCCAGCAGAUGUCGAAUUCGGCUGGCCUGGUGCAUGAACGAGCAAUUCUUUUAUGGAAAAACGGUGUGCGUUGACAGGCAAGCAGCAUUAGUUUUUUGCCAAAUUCCAGUGAUACACCCAAGUGGGCAGAGCAGCCUGUACUGGUCGCUCCACAUAACGUGCACGGCGAAUCUCUUUGUGAAGGCUAUUUGGGAUUAACAGAGUACGAUGGGUGAAGUUUAUCAAAAGAUGCCGGCUUUUGCUCGGUUAAGUGAGCGAGUCUGCACUGUUCUAGGCCUGAAUCCAGGAAAAUUUACACUUCAAGGGACAAACACAUACUUGGUUGGAACAGGUCAUCGAAGGAUAUUGAUAGAUACAGGCUCCGGUGUUGCGGACUUUGAGGAGCACCUGCGGACUUCACUAACGAGAGCUGGUGGAAUAGGCAUAUCAAGUAUCAUUUGCACUCAUCGUCAUAUGGAUCAUAUAUCUGGAAUUCCUCAAGUACUGGCACUUCAUGGGGGCGCCGAUCAUAUACCCAUUUACAAGUACUUGACGGCCAAUGACAUCCCACCCUUCCCUUAUGAGUAUACCGCGAUCCGAGAUGGUCACAUAUUCAAGACCGAAGGUGCUACGCUCAGAGCCGUACAUACACCAGGGCAUUUGGACGACCAUGUGGUUCUGUAUUUGGAGGAAGAAAACGCCGUAUUCUCGGGUGAUUGCGUAUUGGGGCAGGGUACGGCGGUGUUUGAAAACCUCGCAGAAUAUAUGAGCUCCCUUCGCCGGAUUAUGGAGCUGCAGCCAGGUCGCUUAUACCCUGGACACGGACCGGUGAUAGAGAACGGAGUGCAGAAAAUAGAAGAGUACAUUCGGCAUCGACAGGAGCGCGAAGAGCAAAUUGUCGCCUUAUUGAACACUAAUCCGCCAGGCUCAAAGGAUGGAGCUUGGUCCAGUCGCCAGCUGGUUGAAACAAUAUAUGCAUCAUAUCCACAAAGCUUGUACGAUGCAGCCGAAGGGUCGCUACUACAUCACUUGAACAAACUUUUGAGCGAGGGGAAAGUUCAGCAUGUAAAAGGCAAAUGGUUAUUGACUACGGACAAGUAACUUCCUUCUACAUAGUUUCAAAAAUUAUGCAAAAACAACAUAAGAAAACUAUCAUAGCAAUUCAAUAUAUACAUUUGUAAAUCGGGAGUGCUAAAUAUACUCAUUGCCAACGAACCG